GGAGGAGAAGGAGGCGGCGGGACUACCAACCGCCCAGGCAGCCCGGGCCCAACCGCCGCCACGUCUCCUUCCGGAGAGGCCGGCAACACCGCCUCCACCCACUUGGGCCUCCCGCCACCGUUUCCGGGGCAGAGAGCAUAUCAACAUCCGGGGCCGCCGAGCCGUUCGCCUACGGAAGCCGGGACACCGGCCGGGCUGUUCUCGCCUCCCACAACCGCAGUCUCGCGGUGGGGAUCGAACGCGGCGGCCUCCCGGGAGGGGACGCCGGAAGACCCGGCCUUGGAGCAGCCUUUUCGGUGGCGAAGUGGCGGCACGGAGAGCCGACUGGUCAAAGGAAUGGAUUUUACAGAGGCUUACUCUGACACAUGCUCCACGGUUGGACUUGCUGCCAGGGAAGGCAAUCUUAAAGUCUUAAGAAAACUACUCAAAAAGGGACAUAGUGUUGAUGUUGCUGAUAACAGGGGAUGGAUGCCAAUUCAUGAAGCGGCUUAUCACAACUCUGUAGAAUGUUUGCGGAUGUUGAUUCGUGCAGAUUCAUCUGAAAACUACAUUAAGACAAAGACUUUUGAGGGCUUCUGUGCAUUGCAUCUUGCUGCAAGUCAAGGACACUGGAAGAUCGUACAGAUUCUUUUAGAAGCUGGGGCCGAUCCUAAUGCAACUACUUUAGAGGAAACCACACCACUGUUUUUAGCUGUUGAAAAUGGACAGGUAGAUGUGGUAAGGCUGUUGCUUCGACACGGAGCAAAUGUUAAUGGAUCCCAUUCUAUGUGUGGAUGGAACGCCUUGCACCAGGCUACUUUUCAGGAAAAUGCUGAGAUCAUAAAAUUGCUUCUUAAAAAAGGAGCAAACAAGGAAUGCCAGGAUGACUUUGGAAUCACACCUUUAUUUGUGGCUGCUCAGUAUGGCAAGAUAGAAAGCUUGAGCAUACUUAUUUCAUCGGGUGCAAAUGUCAAUUGUCAAGCUUUGGAUAAAGCGACUCCUUUGUUCAUUGCUGCUCAGGAGGGCCACGUGGAAUGUGUGGAGCUUUUGCUGUCCAGUGGGGCAGAUCCUGAUCUUUACUGUAAUGAGGACAAUUGGCAGUUACCUAUUCAUGCAGCUGCACAGAUGGGCCAUGCAAAAAUCUUGGACUUGUUAAUACCGCUUACUAACCGAGUCUGUGACACUGGGCCAGACAAAGUGAGCCCUGUUUACUCAGCAGUGUUUGGAGGCCAUGAAGCGUGCCUAGAAAUGUUACUCCGGUGUGGCUACAGCCCAGAUGCCCAGAUGUGCCUCGUCUUUGGAUUCAGUUCUCCCAUGUGUAUGGCUUUCCAGAAGGACUGCGAAUUCUUUGGAAUUGUGAAUAUUCUUUUGAAAUAUGGAGCCCAGCUAAAUGAACUUCAUUUGGCUUACUGCCUGAAGUAUGAGAAGUUUUCAGUAUUUCGCUACUUUUUGAAGAAGGGUUGCCCGUUGGCACCAUGGAACCAUGUAUCUGAAUUUAUAAAGCAUGCAAUUAAAGCGCAAACAAAAUAUAAGGAAUGGUUGCCGUCUCUCCUGCUUGCUGGAUUUGACCCUCUGAAUCUACUAUGCAGUUCAUGGAUUGACUCAGUCAGUGAUGACACCCUUAUCUUCACUUUGGAGUUUACUAAUUGGAAGAGACUUCCUCCAGCUGUUGAAAAGAUGCUCUCUGCUCAUGCCUCAAACUCCUCUUGGGCUCUACAGCAACAUAUUGUUAAUUCCAAAUGUGGACCACAGGCAGAAGUCUUCAGUGACGAGAAGCUAUUGUCCUCUGUUCCAUCCCUGACGCACCUUUGUCGUUUGGAAAUUCGGUCCAGGCUAAAACCAGGACACCUACGAUCUGACAGUUUUAUCUGUCAGUUGCCACUUCCCAGAAGCCUACAUAAUUAUUUGCUCUAUGCAGAUGUUCUGAGGAUGAAUGAAGUUCCAGAACUGGCAGUUAUUCAAGGUGAAGAAAUCAGCAAAGCUACUUAACACAGCUCACUUACUCUGAAAACCACCAAGACAAAGAGUCACAGAGUACGAAUUCUUAAUGAUUUUGUAGUCACAAAAGAUGAUUUUUGUUUGUGUGUUUGGUUAGGUUUUGGGGGACAGUAGUUUAAUGCAAAUGUUUACAACUAGGCUUCUUGGUAAAAAAAAAUAUUGUAAACCUUGCUUAUGUUACUUCAUUGCAGUUUCAUCACCAGUACAUUUUAUGCUGUAAUAUUCAUUUACCUAACCAUAUUCUGCUUUAUUCUCUUACUGUUAAGUGUGAUGCCACUUCUAGGGCUAAACGUGGAAUAUUUCCACCUAUGAUUCUGUGUUUACCUGGGGGUAGGAGCUUUGAAUGGAAUGCAUAAAACUUUCCUGGAAGUGAACACACAGUGGGGUUGAAUCUGUUAUUAUUGUUAUUGUAUUUGAGGUUGAAUCUCUCUCAUGUUUAUAAAAGAAUUAUCUUUUAUUCUAUUCUCAUCUCUUAAUUCAGUCAUUUUUAUGAAGAAUUGAUAUUCAUUGGCUUUUUACAGGUAAACUCAGGGGAGAAUUUUUUUUUUUUUUUAAAGAACGUAGAAAAGGGAUCAUACUACAUUUAGAAUGCUAAUCAGGAGAUGGGAGGGGCAUUUCUGUGGUACUGUCUUUAAAGAAAGAAAGGUAUGUAUUCCUGAGUCUCUUAGUAUCAGAUAAAACAAGCUCCCUUCAGCCUCCAAAUCACAGAGCAGCUUUGAUCCUAUUAAGCAAUGAUUGCCAGUUCUAUCAAAAUUGUAGUUUUUCCAUUUUGUUAUCUAGAUAGGUCAUCAAAUAGUCCAUGAAAUUUAGACCUCAGAAUCCUAGGUUAAUGAGCCUCUGCCUCAUUGGUUUUACAAUUGUUUGAUCUGAAUCUAGAGUCAGAGAAGACUAAACGCUGGAUCAAGUGAGUUAUGGUAAGAGGCCGUGGGGACCAGUCUUGAGAGAAGGGUUAUGAAAGCACUUCUGUCAUAACAGACAACUAGAAAUGGGGUCCCAAGGAGGAUAAGUCUUCUGUCCUAUUGGGAUCCUCUGGCUUAAAGUAGAUGGGAAUGGGUCAGCCAGGUGUGUCUCUGAUAGGCCUUUGCUGUUUGAUAAAAGCAGUGAUGAAGGCAGACCAAAUGAUGGAGGCAUGAUUAAGGUCUGGAGGGAUGACUGAACUCAGCACAGAUUAGAGCUAUAGUUACUGCCUGUGGGGUGGAGAUAGAGUUUGAAUGUGGGUCUAAUGUCAGAAAUAAGGGUAGAUAUGGAAAACCAGGUAGAAAUUCUGAUAAUUUAAUAAAGAAAUUCCAAGGAUGUAUCUAUUAUAUGCUAUUUUUUAAAUGUUGACCACGUCUUUAUUUUUUCAAACCCUAAGUCUCUGAUUUUUAACAUAACCAGUUUUUUUGUUAUGCCCAAAUGUACAUAGAAUAUUUACAUUUAAGGGUAAAUCUUUUCAUGUGUUUUUGUUCAUGUUCAAGUAUGUAAUAAAAAUUCAACU